GCAGCCGGUGGCGUAAACAAAAAAAAGCAGAAGAAGCAAUGAGCUUUUUAAUUAAGGGCUAGCAUUAGGAAACUCGACUAAACCGAGCGAUAGACGUUUUUAAAAGGCUCGUUUUAAAUAAAAAUAAUUAAAGAUAAAGGCAAAAUAUCUGUAGGAGCUACGAACGUAGCGUAUUAACAUUUACGAAUGAGCUAGCUACCGAGGACAGGUUAGCUAUGUUAGCAUUGUGUUUGAUAAACGGGUUAUUAUGGGAUGUAAAGAGAUGAGUUAGGAUGUAGGCUCGGGGUUAAACGAGUUAAUUAGUAAUAAUAGAUAUAGUAUAGCGUUUAUAUAUAUGUUUUUGUUUUUUUAAAGGUAAAGAUGCUCUGAUGUUUAUCCGAGCUCUAUCUCCUCACUGGUUAACUCUGUGUAAACGCUCAGAAUGCCAGCGCUGUUUAUCUCCUCGAGGUAACUGUUACUAGUUAACCUUAGGUUUUACCAGGUUAGUUGAGUGUGUGUGAGAGAGAAAGGAGAAGUCUGCACGUCCAUGUGUUUGGCCUGUGAUGUUCAGUCUGAUGGCGAACUGCUGCAGCUGGCUGAAACGGUGGAGAGAGCCUGCCAGGAAAGUGACGCUGGUAAUGGUGGGACUGGACAAUGCUGGGAAAACCGCUACAGUACGAGGCAUCCAGGGAGAGAGUCCUGUGGACGUAGCCCCAACGGUCGGCUUCUCCAAAGUGGACCUGAAGCAGGGCAAGUUCGAGGUCACGAUCUUUGACCUCGGCGGAGGAAAGCGGAUCCGGGGCAUCUGGAAGAACUACUACUCGGAGUCGUACGGCGUGGUGUUCGUUGUGGACUCGAGCGAUGUGCAGAGGAUCCAGGAGACCAGAGACACCAUGGCAGAAGUGCUGCGGCACCCUCGCAUCGCCGGCAAACCCGUGCUAGUCUUGGCUAACAAGCAGGACCGAGACGGAGCGAUGGCUGAAGCUGACAUCAUUGAGAGCCUGUCACUGGAAAAGCUCGUCAACGAGAACAAGUGUCUCUGUCAGAUUGAGCCAUGCUCAGCAGUCCUGGGUUAUGGAAAGAAGCUCGACAAGUCCAUUAAGAACGGUCUAAACUGGCUGCUAAAUAACAUCGCCAAGGAUUACGAGGCGAUCACGGAGCGCGUUCAGAGGGACACGGCCGAGCAGCGCGGACAGGAGGAGCAGGAUAAGAAGGAGAGAGCCGAGCGAGUGAAACGCAUCCGAGAAGAGAGAGACAGACAAGAGCGUGAAGAGGCGGAGAAAGCUGGCAUGCAAAUAAAGGAGGAGGAGCCCGAGGAUGCCGACAUGUCCAACCCAUUUCAGCCAAUAAACCAUAUCGUGGCAGAAAAUAAAAACAAGCUACAGAAAGAAAUGGAGAUGAAAAAGCAAGGAGACGAGGUCGUGCAGGACGAGCCAAAGGGCAAACAGGAGGACGAAGAUGAGGAAGAUGAGGAGGAAGAACAUGAAGAGGAAGAGAGUGAACGGCAGACGGCAGAGAGCCCAGAAUCAGGGCUGACAGACCAGACGAAAAAGAAGCGCAAGAAAAUACGUCUCAAGCGGAAAAACCGGGUCGACCCUCUCGUAAUGGAUGGCCCCGCAAAGAGCCCAUCUCCACCUCCCGCGCCAGUUGGAUGGGCUACUCCCAAAGUUUCUAGACUUCCCAAGCUCGAGCCUCUUGGAGAUACAAGGCGUUCUGAUUUCUAUGGCAAGCCCCUCCCACCCGUAGCAAUUAGACAGAGACCAAACGGCGAAACUCAUGAUGUCAUUUCCUAGCCUUUCCUUCUCUUUCCUGUCAUAUGGUUAGAGAUGAUUCAUCUCCACCAAUCACUGUUUUUUUUUCUUUCAUUUCUCUCAUCUCCAAGCCCGUGCUGUGUAAAUACAGAACAAUCACCAGCGACGCCAGCGACAGCAAGAGGAACCAAUCGGCUUGCUCAGAGGGAUCAUGUGACCAGCCAAGGGCUCGAAUUCCACAGAGACUCUCAGUGAUUUUCAGUUUAAGCCCUCAGCAGUGACUGAAUUCAGAUCUACAGUAUAUAUAUAAAAAAUAAUCUUUUAUUUUUCCACCAAACAAAGAAUAAUGGCAAAUAGUACGAUUAUAAUGUUCAUCGAAUUGUUUUAUGUGUAAAUCUUUAUUUUUAGAAUCACAUAUAUAACUGUGAACUGCUUUUUUUUAAAAAAACAAACAAAAAAAACAACAGAUUAAGGUGUAUAUUAAAUAACGCUACAACUGUGCUGAACAGACGCUGGUGAAGAAAUCGCUCCCACUCACUCGCAAGCUUCAAACUCCGUGAAGGCUCGUGCAUGAGCAUGUAAUGAAGACUUGAACCGGUAUUUUAUGUUCCAUACAAACUGCACGGAUGUAAUACACAAGUAAAAAGCUGGCCAGCAGUUAACCACACAAUUUAAAGGAAAAGUUCACCGUGAACAUCUGGCAUAGGAAAUAAUUCCUUAAAUUAAUCCCUGACGUAUGCUCGCCUCAUACAGCUGUCUUCUCUACAACUUCAAUCCUCAUGAAGUUCUCAUUUAUAAAUAUCUUGCACCUUAAAAGGGUGAGUGAGAAAAGAAGUGUUAAAUUUUUUAUACCUAAAACUAACCCCUUUAUGUUUGAUGUACGUGAAGAUUCUCCCAUUGAAACUGCACAGAAUUCUGUGACCUCAAGGUAGCGCCUUACAUACACUUAACUUCUUAGAGAAAGGAGAAAAAUGCAGAAACGAUCAACACGCAGCCAUUACAGAUAUUUCUAAAUUAAACAGCUAAACAUGUUUAAUGCUGUUCAGCGUGGACUUUUCCUUUAAUGUGACUAUUUUCCCAAUGGGAAACAGCAAAAUUUUUAAGCGAGUUCACUACGAGGCAUUUCAUUAUCACUGGUUCAUAGACACUUUAUCAAUCAUGUAUUUUAGUUGUUUUGUGGCAUGUACAGACUACAACAUAGUGCUAUGUUUAAAUUUUUUAUCCAGUUGUAGCAGUUGCGACUGUUACGGAUUAAAACUAUUAUUUAAAUCCUGUUUUGUUUUGCAGAGAAACAGUUCCCAAAGCACCAAAUGUCAAAUUAAGCUGGAACAUUAGCCACACACUACAUUAAGUUUAAAAAAAAAAAAUUAGUAUUAUUUUUAAAUUAGCCCUGUGGGGCCCCUCAUGUUUUUGCUAACAUGUAUGAUUUUAUAUAACACUCCUUGUUGAUUUUUUCUUCCCAGAAUUGUAUUGUAAUUCAUUUCAAAUAGAUAACUGUUUUUUUUUUUUUUUUUCUAUAUCACAUUCUCUUACUGAUUUGUUACAUGCACUUUUUAUCCAUCUUGUUUUAAUAUGAAUGCAAUUAAAUGCAUAAAUAUUUUUUAUCCAUUUGG